AUGCCUGCUUACGACAUUGAACUUGUUGGCCACUCGGAGUUCCAGACCGUGUCGGAGCUGAUUGCGUUGGACCUGCUAUCCUACGCCCCAGUGAUGGCACUGAAUCCCGCAGUAGCUUUCGACGUGAUUCAAAUGGUGCUCGCGAGUUCCGGUGCUGAGAUCCGCUGUGAACAACCCGUCGAGCGAGACAAGUUGGUCAAGCUGCUGCUACCGACUAUCUGUGCUCAAAGUGGGGGGGGGCUUCUUGACAGCAUUGAGAGCUAA